AUGUCGGACGAGCAGGAGGACAUCGGUCUCUCCAUGACCAUCAACGACGAGCUGCGCCUCUGCGGGAUGACCGGAGACGACGAGGACGAUGUCGCUGGGGAUGCCGAGGAGCUCUUCGGCCGUCGUGCUGCCGAGGAGCUCUACGGCCAUACUGCUGCUGACCCACUUCCCGUCGACGGCACUGACGCCCCCAACACCGGCGGCACCAUCCAGGACGCCGCCGCUGUUGAUGACGGCUCCAGCAGCAGGCCUAACCGCCCUUCUACCUUACAUAAACCAACAUAUCCAGUUCUUUCUACCCUUGCUAGAGAUGUUUUCAGUGUGCCUGUUUCUACCAUUUCUUCUGAAGCUACUUUUAGUACCACUGGCAGGAUCGUUGAAGACCGGCGGCGGAGGCUGAACCUUAAAACUGUGGAGGCACUCACAUGCAUCAAGGACUGGGAAGCUGCAGAGACAAGGCUACAACAUAUGGUGGAGGAUAAGGAGCUCGAGGAGGCUUUUGAAUAA